CAGUGCCGAACGACAAAAGUUCACAACUGGGCGGAUUGCUUGCAAAGUAUUAAGACUUAUUUCUUCUUUAUACAAGUGCAGGGUGAAUUCUUUCUUAGCUUCUGAAAACAACUACACGAAGGAAAACGAUGCCCUGUCUUAUUAUGAGAUGCAUUUACACUAUUCUUAUCGUCGGUUGUGUGUGUUAUGGACAUGAAACAUGGACGUGCACGACAAACACAGAUGCGCUAGUGACAAACACGUGCCCAAAGGAAAUGGAAGAGAAAAUUAAUUCCUUAGAAGUUCAGAUACAACAACUCCAGAGGCUUGUUCAAGAACAAAACACUUCUAUGUUUACUACUAUAGAAGGCUUUCCUAAAGACUGUUCAGAAAUAUAUAGGAAUGGAACAAGGACAGACGGAGUUUACUCUAUCUCACCAGAUGGAAGGUGCCCAUUCUUUGUGUAUUGCGACAUGACGAACGGGGGCUGGACUUUGAUCCAGAAUCGGGUUGACCGUAAGGUAAACUUUUACCGAUCCUGGGACGACUACGUUAGCGGAUUUGGUGAUGUUGACGGAUCUCAUUGGCUAGGCUUGGAGAAGAUACACCGUUUGACUCGAGAUGGCAGCCAGAUAUAUUUCGAUAUGGAGAAUUAUGAUGGCACAACUGAGUAUGCACAUUACAAGGUGUUUACCGUUCACGGAGCGACAACUUCUUACACUAUGAACGUAGAUGCCUUUAAUUAUGAGGGUAGCAUUGACGAACUACUGAGUUUCCAUAAUAAUAUGAAAUUUUCAACGUAUGACAGGGAUAAUGAUAUUUCGUCAGAAAAUUGCUGUGUCAAGUAUUUAGACGGUGGAGGAUGGUGGAACAAAAACUGUUACAGGUUGGGAAACAUGAAUGGAGUUUUCAGUAAAACACAACAAGGUGGUAUCGGCUACUGGACUACAAAGAACGUUCCUAUUAAAAAGGUCACCAUUAAGGUGAAAGCCAUGAAUGGUCAAUGUUAAAACACUGGCGACGGUGUCUUCUCCUCUGUCAUUUAUAACAUUAUCCUGAUCAAUGAGCAAUACCAUGGACACGUUUCAUUUAAGGAUCAAUGAUAUAGCUUUAUAUAUAUAGAAUGUAUGUAUUAAUCUUUGUACAGUUUUGGCGUAAAUUAUCAUUACAGAGGCUACUUAUAGGGUCUGAACACUUGGCUUUGCUGCAUUCAUGUUAUUCCAGCAGGUAUACAUGUUUUGAUUCCAUACAAAAUUUCGUUUCAUUACGGACUUUUAGUAACAUCGACCUAACGGAAAAUUGAUAAAUUUGUCUUAUAAACAAAGAAGGACAAAAUUACUUAUUAAUAAACAUAAAUAGAAAAGGGCCUAUUUGAAAAUUCAACCCAUACGGUAACCCAAAAAUUGAAGUUUCUUUCUUUCCGGAUCGUAUGAAUAUUUUUGGCGCCAUAUAACAUGCACUGUGGUGGUGCACCAUAAAACCAAAAUCAAAUCAAAUUUAAUUUAAUCAUUUGAGAGCGGACGCAGUGGUUCAGUGGUAACACUGUUUGACUACGAAAAUAUGGAUCGCGAGUUCAGAGGCCCCGCUAAGCCAACUAAAAUUACUAACAUUGGGAUAAGAGUCCCGUUUAUGGGUGCUUUACACCUGGAACACUAAAGAACUAGGGAAGCUUCUGAAAUUGGAGCGUCUUCUGUAUCUUACAUUAUCUUCCUACUAGCAUUGCUUACAGUCUUCUGGAGGCGUUAUCCAUAUGGAUUACCGAUGGCUACUAUAAAUAAGCUUACAACGAUCACUUUUAUAAUAUGCUAAUCGAAAAUGUGUGAGAAAUUUCAAAAAUGUACUAUUAGUUGUAUGAGAGAUAUUGAGAUGGAGCGUUAGAAAUUCCGCUAAUGUAUUUCAUCGUAGGAAUGAUAUCUUAUUUAUCGACGGGGCGUUAGAGGUCCUGUAAGUGUAUUUUAUCGCGGGAAUGAUGAUAUCUUAAUUAUCGACGGGGCGUUAGAAAUCCGUCCUGUAAGUGUAUUUUUCGCAGGAAUGAUGAUAUCUUAAUUAUCGACGGUGCGUUAGAAGUCCUGUACGUGUAUUUUAUCGCAGUAAUAAUGAUAUCUUGAUAUACCAUCUAUUGUUUUUGACAGGUAAUCAGUUUUGGUUUAGCAAGAUUGUAUGAAAACAUUCGUCCUUAAUAAGAAAAAAAAACGUCGUUUUUGUGUAAUACAGUGUGAUUUAGUAUAUCAUUUACUAGUUUACCAGUUAUGUUCGAAUUACUGCCGGCAAUUAGUGUUUGUGUACAGUAGCCUAAAACUUCCUUUUAUAAGACGCAUGGUUGAUAUUUCUCAUGUUGUGUGACGUAGUAGAUGUCCUUCUAAAAUAUAUAUCAAAAGCACGUGAAAGAUGCUAUUCAUUUUCACCAUAUAAUUUUAGCAUAGAACAUUGCAUAAUAGAUGUUUUACAGUAAAAGAAGGUAGAAAUCUCUCCUAUCAAAAUAAGUGUUGUGUGAUAAUCCUUGCGGCCUGUGUAAGAAGAGUCCCGAAAAAGCAGGCAUGUUGUUGUGAUUAACUAUAUUGUAAGUUGUUGCCAUGGUUGCAAUAUUUCAAAGGCAAAUACAGGUUUCAGUUCCAUAUUUGUUUCUUUUGUUCCCACUGUUCAUACAUUAAUUGGCAAUCUAUGGUCUGCUUUCUGUGUCAUGUGCCAUAUCAUGAAUGCAUUUUGACUAGAGUCAAAUUAGAAAGUGUUUAAAGUUAACCAUAUAAAAGCCGCAUUUUUAAUGAUAUAAAGUACAGAUGAGGUUGUUGUUCUGGAAAGGUAAAUUUGUUAGUAUAUUUCAGCUUAGGGAAAUUUUGAUGAUGUUGUAAAAGAGAGGUUUUUGCUGAAGAGAGGGCUGCUCUAGAGAGGUUGCACUGUACAAAUAAAUAAUAACUUUUCCGUAUUUUAUCUUAUUUGUUAAACGACUGCGUUUUAAUAAAAUAUUUCUUUUUGCUUAUGAUUUAAUAUAAUAUUGAAAUUAAAAUGCAAUAUUCGAA